AUGGAACGCCCGUUUCUCCACGCUGCUGCGGUUUUAGUUUUAUGUUUUAAAUAUAUUAUUGCCGAUCGCGGUGACUAUAUUGGCUGCUAUAGAUUUAAAGACGAUGUACUAAAUACACAUACUAGACAGUCUGUAGACGUUUGCUUAUCUGCUUGCGAACAAGUUUAUUAUAAAUUUGCACUCAUUGGGAACGAAUCAACUUGUUUCUGUGCCAAUGGUCCUGGACAGUUUAAGUUAGACUUAGAGUCCUGUAAUACUCCAUGUCCCAAAAAUGAAACGCAAAAAUGUGGUGGAGAUAAUGCUGCUAGUGUCUAUGACACUGAAGUGACCGUGCCUGGCCCUCCAAUGUCUAUCGAAAUCUUUAACAUUACUGAAACUACUGUGCGAGUUAAAUGGACUGCUCCACAAGCUUUUACAAAAAUUACUGGAUACAUAAUUAGAGCCAUUAUUUUAGAAACAUAUGCAGAAUUCAUUUUACUUCCUGUAGAAUGGUAUGUUUCUAAUUCUACAUUUGAAUCUGAACUACCAAAUCUUCAGCCAGGUUCUACAUAUAACAUCAGUGUAGCUGCAACCUUCUAUGAAGAGGAAGGAGCAAAAAUCACAACAAAAUUUGAAACAAUUAUUGGCACACCUGAUCCUAGCCCCCCAGAUAUUGAAAUGAAAGAAAGACAUGGUGAUGAAAUGUUAGUUCACAUUCCUGAAGCUAAAAACUUUAAUGGCCCUGUAUCCAUGUACAGAAUUGUAGUCUCCAUUGAGCUUUAUCAGCAAGGAUUUAUUAUAGAAAAUUUAGGCAACCACACAUAUGCUCAUGAUCAGGGCCUCCCUUAUUACAUAGCAGCAGAAUUAGACCCAGAUGAAAUUAAGAAUGACUUCAUAAUUGGAGACAGGCAUACAUACAAUGGGUUCUACAAUGCCCCCUUACCGUUGACAAAUGAUAUAGAAGUUUCUUUAGGGAUUGUCAGUGAAAAAAAUCAUGUAAAGAAAAUCAGAUAUGCAGAAUCAACUAAGAAAAUAAUAUUAAAUAUUAAUGAACCUGAAGUAGUUUCCCCUAUGGUGGUAGCUCUCGGAGCUGCCAUUGCAAUAGGAAUGGUAUUGCUCUUAAUAGGCAUUGGUUUAUUAAUUAUUUUACGAAAAAGAAUCCACAUGGUGCGUCUCCAAAGGGGCUCCCAAUCUAUGCCAUUAAGCCUAAGUGAACCUUGCAUGGAAAUUGAAAAUUCUGGAUUCCUACAAGAUGAAGAUGAAAGAGUUGAUUACUAUGGUAAUUUAAAACGUAAACUGUGGAAUAUCCCACGGAAUUUAAUAGAGAUUGAUAUCUCUUGUGUAGUUGGUCUAGGUAGCUAUGGAAAAUUCACAAGAGGCAAAGUGCAGCAGCAUGGUGCCCAUACUUCUGGCUUGGUUCAAGUCAUUAAUGAUAGAGAGCUGGAGAAACCUGACAAAAAACUGAUGCUCCAGGAGUUGGAUCUUCUAAUUAAGUCUAGUGAACAUGAGAAUAUAAUAUCCUUAAUAGGAAUUUGUGAGACUACAACCACUCUCUUGGUGGUCCUUCAGGAUAUAAAAAUUACGCUUAAAGAGUUACUUCUUCAAAGUAGGCAAAGAGAUCUCAAAAAUAAUAAAUUUUGUCUCAUUUCAGAAAAUAGAGCUCUUCAAACAUGUCUGGAAAUUGCUUGUGGAAUGGAGUAUUUGCAAAGUAAAAAGAUCGUGCACAAAAAAUUGACAUGUCGAAAUAUUGUGAUAGGUGAAAAUGGUAUUGCCAAAGUGGCUGGGUUUGGACUUUCUCAUAUCCGACCACUACAUGAGACUCCCGAUUAUACUCGGUGGACAUCACAUGAAAUGCUCCGGCACACUAGGUUUAAUCCUAAAGCAGAUAUAUGGUCUUUUGGUGUUCUUAUUUGGGAAGUAUUAACUAUAGGUGCUACUCCCUAUGGUCAUACAGGGAACAAGGAUGUUGCAGCACGAAUUUUGAGAGGCAUGAGACCUUCCCAACCGACUUAUGUGGGAGAUGAGCUCUUCCAACUAUGUUUACAAUGCUGGCAGGUAGACCCUGACGAGAGACCCAGUUUUUCAUCUCUACUAAAUGAAUUCACUCCAUUUGUAGAGGGACCUGGAACAAAGAGUUUAAGUUUUACUCAUUUUAAUGGUUUUAAUUAUGAACCACAUGUGCCACAGUUUGAAAUAGUUUCA